UUUUUAAUGAAGGUUAUACGUAAGGGCGUACCAUAGUAGUAAAUAUUUCUUUGCUCUUUUUUUAUCGUGAAUGCCCCUUAGUGAACGAACAAAAAUUUCGGAAAUUGUUCAUCGGAAAUUUCUACAGUUGUACUGAAAAGUAUGUUCAUAGAAAUGCUGUAGUACCGACCAACUUCAGAGGCGUGUCAUGUUUGCAAUAAACGCGGCGUUCUUUCUUGUAUCGUAUCUGACAAUUUUUAAAGUCAAUAUUUCGUAAAAGAUGCUCGCAUUAGGACCAAAAAAGGACGGAGGUCCCAAUGCAAAAUUCUUUGAGUCCCAAGAAAUUCUCACACAACUUGAUGGAGUGAAACAGUGGCUGUUAAAAAAUUGCAAAAAGUAUGUACAAACAGAUCCUCCUACUAAUAAAAGUUUAGCCACACUGAUUGUACAAUUGUUGCAAUUUCAAGAAGAUAAUUUAGGAAAAAAUAUUUCAAAACCACCAAUGACCAGGCUUCCUAUGAAAUGUUUCUUAGAUUUUAAAUCAGGGGGUGGUUUAUGCCAUAUUCUUGCAACGGCAUAUCGUUUUAAACAAGAGCAAGGAUGGCGUAGGUUUGAUUUUCCUGUUGGAAAGGCAGGAUCUCGAAUGGAUCGCACAGUAGAAAUGUUAAUGGCAGCAGAACGAGCUUUAGUUCAGAAUAGAUGUUUGACCAUACCAAGCAUAUAUGUAAAAGCAGACGUGGAUAAGUCGACAGCUGCAAAAGUAAAAGAAGCUAUUCGCCGACAUCAGGGUACUAUCGCGGAAAAUGAAGCGGACGCUACUCACAUAAUUUAUCCUCCCGUAGAUCCUAUGGAGGAAGAAUACGCGCGGCCCUGUAUGCGACGCGAAAGAUCCGUUCUUCUUCAUUGGUAUUAUUUCCCAGAUAGUUACGAUUCUUGGACUACAUUCGACCUUCCCUGGGAUUUUCCAGAAGGAACAGGUGUAAACGCUAAUACGAAAUCGAUAUACAAAGUAUCUGCAACGUGGGCGUUAGAUUUGGAUCAGUAUAACGAGUGGAUGAACGAAGAAGACUAUGAAAUAGAUGAAAAUGGUCAAAAGAAGAUACACAAGUACAGGCUUUCGGUGGAAGAUUUAAUGGCUCAACCGUCGCAUCCGCCACCAGCGAAGAAACCAAAACGGAAACGAUCUCCUAGUCCACCUCCGAAACCAGGAAAACGCAAAAGCGCCAGAGCACCGUCGGGUGUUCAAAGUGCUUCGUCAACCUCGACGCUCGCAACUCCGAAGAAGUCUCGUGGUGGCGGAGAAGAGGAAGAUGAUCUCACGCAAGGAAUGGAAGAUCCUCCGGCAGAACCUCGGAUCGUGGAAGUAGUUGCUACGCCUACGAAUCCACCGAUAACGGGACAAGGUAGUGCUCCGACGAGUGGUGCCUCUUUAACGACAACAGGAAGUAAGAAACAGGACAACGAACUUCAACCUCUGAAAUCCGGUAAUAUGGCAGAUUUAGAUGAACCGGUAGAAGGCGACAAGGGAAGUUCUCAAAGUACACAAGACAGAGAAGAACGAGAUACCAGCAAAGAAAGAGGAGACGGGAGCAAAGGCGAUGAACCAGAAGAUAAUGUCACGGAACAAACUCAUCAUAUCGUUGUUCCCAGUUACUCAGCUUGGUUUGAUUACAAUUCGAUUCAUACUAUCGAAAAGAGAGCGUUGUCCGAGUUCUUUAACGGUAAAAACAAAUCUAAAACGCCAGAAAUCUAUUUAGCGUACAGGAAUUUUAUGAUCGAUACAUACAGAUUAAAUCCCACCGAAUAUAUCACUUCGACGGCUUGUAGACGUAACUUGGCAGGCGAUGUUUGCGCGAUUAUGCGCGUACACGCAUUUUUAGAACAGUGGGGACUUAUCAAUUAUCAAGUAGACGCGGAAUCAAGGCCAACACCUAUGGGACCUCCACCUACGUCGCAUUUUCACGUAUUGUCCGAUACACCGUCGGGUUUGGCACCGGUGAAUCCAAAUCCUCCGAAAACACCGCAGCCAUCGGCUGCAAAGACUUUGCUAGAUUUAGAAAAGAAGUCGAGCGGAGUAGGGCCGGAAGAGAAAGCUUCAACCGGUGCGAUGGCCAAUUUCGGUUUGAAAAUAGAUCAGUAUUCGAGGAAACCAGCAGUUUUGAAGAACAAACAAGCUGCUGGGGCUACUCGCGACUGGACGGAACAAGAAACGUUGUUGUUAUUAGAAGGAUUAGAAUUACACAAGGAUGAUUGGAAUAAAGUUUGCGAACAUGUCGGUUCGAGGACCCAAGAUGAAUGUAUUUUGCAUUUCUUGCGGCUCCCAAUAGAAGAUCCGUAUUUGGAAGAAGGGGGACCAGAAGGCUUGGGUCCGUUGGCUUAUCAACCGGUGCCUUUCUCGAAAGCAGGCAAUCCAGUUAUGAGCACAGUUGCGUUUUUGGCUUCCGUUGUUGAUCCUAGGGUGGCAGCAAGUGCUGCAAAAGCUGCUAUGGAAGAAUUUGCAGCAAUCAAGGAUCAAGUACCAGUCGCUUUACUGGAUCAACAUUUAAGAAACGUUCAAGCUAGCGCGAAUUCGGAUGGCAAGUUCGAUCCAGCCGCAGGCUUGGCGCAAUCGGGUAUAGCUGGUACAGGUCCACCCGAACCUCCGGACGAUACAGCAACACCUUCGACCACUGGAAGCGUUCCAGCAACCGCGGCUACAUCGCCGCAUUCAGCAACAUCGACACCUAUAGAAACAAAGAAGGAGGAGCCAGAAAAACCGAAGGAAUCCGAAGUUGAACAAACUCAAUUAGAUAUUGGGAAAAAAGAGGACGAAAUGAAAGAAACAGAAGAAGAGGUGAAAGCGCCGGUAGAUGUUGAAGCUAUGGAAGCUAAAGAGAAGAAAGACAAGGUGGUAAGGGACGCACAACUGCAGUCCGCAGCCGCGGCUGCAUUGGCGGCAGCGGCUGUCAAAGCGAAACACUUGGCAGCUGUCGAAGAACGUAAAAUCAAAUCGUUGGUGGCGUUGCUCGUUGAAACGCAAAUGAAAAAAUUGGAAAUUAAAUUGCGUCAUUUCGAGGAAUUGGAAACGACAAUGGAACGAGAACGCGAGGGUCUCGAGUACCAAAGGCAGCAACUGAUCACAGAAAGGCAACAGUUCCACUUGGAACAAUUGAAAGCCGCCGAAUUCAGAGCAAGGCAACAGGCGCAUCAACGUUUAGCUCAAGAACAACAACAGCAACAACAACAGAAUCAACAUCCACCUUGGCAACCAGCCGCGCAACAACAGCAGCAACAACAACCACCGAGUCCUCAAGCAUCGGUACAGCAACCACCGGCCCAUACGCCUCCGCAACAGGCGUAACUCGUUUUGUAAGUUACUUUUUAAAUUGUAGCUAUCGAUUGUGGUAGCGCGACGUGUUGUCGUAACGAAGAGAGAAGACACGAACUUGAAAUGAAGAAAAUACAAAUUAAAUUUUUAAUACUGA